AUGUCGUGGGAAGAGGUUCUGCCUGCAGAGCUAACACUCAGAAUGGACUCAAAAAUACUAGUUGGAGGAGUUGGAGCAGAAAGGCCGGCCACCCUGGAGAUACAAAUCAUCUGUGACUCAGUAAAACCCGCAUUUGAGGCCCAAUCCGGGGUCAAUGCUACCGAAUUUAAUGUCAUCAAAUAUGCAAGUCAGGUUGUUGCUGGAACCAACUACUAUAUGAAGGUCUGUCUCGGAGGGGAUAAGUACUGUCAUCUGAGAAUAUAUGACCCUCUACCAUUUACGGGAGAACCACCAAGGCUGGAUGGGUACCAGCUGGAGAAGACUGAGAAAGAUCCCAUUACUCCUUUUUAGAAGGGGAAUCUAACACUGAACAU